UGAGAUGUCCUACGGUCUCAACAUUGAGAUGCACAAACAGGCGGAGAUUGUCAAGCGUCUCAGUGCCAUCUGCGCUCAGAUCAUCCCUUUCCUCUCUCAAGAGCACCAGCAACAAGUGGUCCAAGCAGUGGAGAGGGCUAAGCAAGUCACGAUGGCUGAGCUGAACGCCAUUAUCGGGCAGCAGCAGCUCCAGCACCUGUCUCACCAUGCCCCUGGCAUCCCCCUCACGCCGCACCCAUCAGGCCUGUCUCUGGGUGCCGGAGGCUCAGGGCUCCUUGCCCUGACCGGAGCCCUGGGGGUCUCGGCUCACCUUUCCUCCAAAGAUGAGAGAAACCACCUUGACCCUGAACAUCUCAGAGAGGGAGCACCCAGCAGGAGUAAGUCAGUGUCAUCAACAGACAGUCAGCCUAACGAGGAGCGCCAGGGUCCUUCAGGAGGGUACUCCUCCUCACAGGGAGGCGCAGAGGCAAAGAGGAGGCGCUGUGACGACAAAGAUUCUCUUCCUCCUCACUCCUAUGACAGCGAUGGAGACAAGAGUGAAGACAACCUUGUAGUGGAUGUCUCCAAUGAAGAGCCUAACUCUCCUGCGGGCAGCCCUCCUCACUCCCCUCAAGGGAACGGCUUGGACCGGGCUCCUACCCUGAGGAAAGAGCUCCCAGGCUCCUCAAACACAGGAGAGGCCCCCUCCACCCCAAACCCCCGCAGCCCCACCCCAGGGAAGGCCAAGGAUUCCACACAAAUGGAUAAGUCCCAGUCUCCCUUGUCUAAGUCUGGCACCCCCUCCCCAUCCCACCGUGAUGCCCUCACCCCAGGAGCACCAGGAGCCCCUGGACCCAGCACCUCCUGCCUACGUCUGGUCAGCAAAGCAGCAUCGAGUGCAGACCCUCUUGCUCUCCGCAGUCCCAUGUCUGUGCCCCCCGGUUCAUACCCAGCUCACUUUGGAGUGGUGUCCCACGCAGGCCUGAAUGGGGAGCUAGCCAGCCCAGGAGGCUUUGGAGGCGCAUUGACACUCUCCCCACAGAUGAGCGCAGCAGCAAACGCAUACUCCCGAAGCCCCAUGGUGGCGUAUGACUCUCGGUCUCACCUGAGAGCUCCAGGACUUUCCUCCUCUCUGCCUGGUUCCUCCGGUGGCAAGCCUGCCUAUUCGUUCCAUGUGAGCGCAGAUGGACAGAUGCAGCCGGUGCCCUUUCCUCCUGACGCCCUGCUGGGCCCAGGAAUCCCUCGCCACGCCCGUCAGAUCCACAGUCUGAACCACGGAGAGGUGGUGUGCGCCGUCACCAUCAGCACCUCGACGCGUCAUGUCUACACCGGAGGUAAAGGCUGCGUCAAGGUGUGGGACAUUAGCCAGCCGGGAACCAAGAGCCCCAUGGCCCAGCUGGACUGUCUGAACAGGGAUAACUACAUCCGCUCCUGUAAAAUCCUCCCAGACGGACGGACCUUGAUUGUCGGUGGGGAGGCCAGCACCCUGUCAAUCUGGGAUUUGGCCACACCCACUCCUCGCAUCAAGGCGGAGCUGACGUCAUCUGCACCCGCUUGUUACGCUCUGGCUAUCUCCCCCGACAACAAGGUGUGCUUCUCCUGCUGCAGUGACGGCAACAUCGUGGUCUGGGACCUUCACAACCAGACUCUGGUCAGGCAGUUCCAGGGCCACACAGACGGAGCGAGCUGCAUCGACAUCUCUAAUGACGGCACCAAACUGUGGACGGGAGGGCUGGACAACACGGUGCGCUGCUGGGACCUCCGAGAGGGACGCCAGCUUCAGCAGCACGACUUCACCUCACAGAUCUUCUCUCUGGGUUACUGUCCGACAGGAGAGUGGUUGGCUGUGGGAAUGGAGAGCAGUAACGUGGAAGUGCUUCACGUCUCCAAACCAGACAAGUACCAGCUGCACCUCCAUGAGAGCUGUGUUCUGUCUCUCAAGUUUGCCUACUGUGGCAAGUGGUUCGUGAGUACAGGAAAAGACAAUCUUUUGAAUGCAUGGAGGACACCAUACGGAGCCAGUAUUUUCCAGUCCAAGGAGUCCUCGUCUGUGCUGAGCUGCGACGUCUCCCCGGACGACAAGUACAUAGUGACGGGCUCCGGGGACAAGAAGGCCACGGUGUAUGAGGUGGUGUACUGAGGGGCAGAGACAAGAUGGCAGGGGACAGGACGAAGUGUUUAGGGUGUUUUUUUUUUUCUUUUUACAUUAAUGAAAAAGGAGGAGGGGAAAGAGAAGGGGCAAGCAGUUAACCAGUUGCCCUGCAAACCAAUCCUGAUCCUCAUUUACAUCAGCAACAGCAGCAUCCCCCGUCUCUGUCCUCCUAAUCCCAAACCUUACACAUCACACCUUCUCCAUCUUUAUUUUUGCUGUGAUAUAAGCUACUAUUGAAGCUUAUAAAUGCCCCCCUCCCCCUCUUUGUCUAUUUAGCUCAAGGAUGAAGCAUGAUAGCAAAGAGAGAGGAAGUAGCACGAUAAGAAGGACAAAGGGAAAGGGCGGUGGAGCAUAAAGAUAAAGUCAGAAAGCAAAAGAGGAGGAGGAGAGAAAGCGAGAAGGAAGAGAAAUGACAGGGAGGAAGAGGAGGGGGGGGGGGGGGGCGGGUAAUUAGGGCUGUUUCCUGAUUAAGAGCUCAGUGGAAGGAAGGCCCCCAGAGGAGGCGCGGAGCAGCACUGUGGGAGCGCCAGCCAGGAGCACUGAUACCACACAAUCGAUUCAUUAGCCAGACAGUGGAAGCCUUAAUGAGGCUGACGCCGCAGCUCGCUCUCCCCACAGAGAGGUGUCAGGAGCUGGGGAACGAUGACGCUUCAGAUAUCCCCACACACCAACAUGAAACAUAGGCCUGCUCACGCAUACACAGGAGGCGCACGUCAUUGGACUAAAGUACACACAAACACACUUGGAUCCAGCUCCUUGAGGUAAACGUUGGAACAGAAACACACACACACACACACACACACACACAACACAGAGCACCCAAUUAAACAUUCAUGGCAGCGCUCCCCUUCUCACUGCUUAAUAUCUAUUUUAUUUUGGUCUGACAAAGGCAGCGUCUAAUGAGCAGCCGAGUCAAUGGGAAUCUCCCAGGGCCCGCAGACACAAACACAGAACAUCCGCCUAGCUGUUCCCUCUAAUUCCUCUGGAUUGUUCUCCUGACACCAAGCGCUGCUCUCACUCUCAUUAAAGGUGCUGUCAGCUAGAUGAAGAAGCAGCACGCCAACUUUACUGUAAGGCAGACAACAGGGCAAAUUAACACCAGGCAAUUUUACUAUCAUCAGCAGCCAAAUAAGCAGCAUCCAAUCCCAGCCCUGUCAUUUUUUUAUGCAACUGUUUUGAUUUACAAACCAGAUGACAUUACGUGUUUAUCAAAGUCAUUAUCGCCAACCUCUGCCUGCCUGCUUAAGUGUUCAAGAACUCUGGCUUAUUUUUGCUAAGCUACUAAUUGAGAUGCUAAACACCGUAAAGGAAUCAUGUGAAGAUUUGGUAAAUAUGUUAAUUACAUUUGUGCUGAGAUGGAAAGAAAAAGAUCAAAACCACUUCCACAUCUUGGGGCCUAAAGCAUGAAGCCACCACUAGCUGGCUGCUAACCUAGCUUAGCAAGACUGAAAACAGGGAGAAACAGCUAGCAUGGCUCCAUUUUCAGGCAUGCUAUCCAAUGCUAACGGUCAGGUGGCUGUAGCUUAAUGUGAACUAUUCAGAUGAGACAGUGGUAUCAAACAUUUAAUCUGCAAGAGUCAUCAAGAAAGCGAACAGCAAAACAUCUGUUCUUUAAAACAUGGCUCUUACUUUCCAAUCCUCCAAUACAAUAUGCAUCACCCAUGAGGAGAUUAAAAGGGCACAUUUCAAGCUUUUCUUUGAUUACCCAUAUAUUACUGCGUUUUUUGUUUUUUUUUAAGAAUAUUGACUCAUUGUCUUAUGUAAUGAUAUGUUUAUGUAUUGGGGUUGCCUAUGACUGCGGGGAGCAAAUACAGCAGAACACGCUCACACAUGAACACACAAAAUCAAACUUAACACAGGCAGGACAUUUCUUUGUGUUCUUCCAUUUUGUUUUUUUCUUAACAGUGUAUUUUUAUCCUUGGUGAUGGUGAUAAGCAGAGGACAAACAUCAGCGGCCCCAUGUAAAAACUAAAAAAUGAUACAAUCCAUUGGGGAGAAAUUCUCCUCUGUCUUCUGCUUGUUGUUUUUGUUUUAUUCCCCAUUUUUUCCUCAAGUGGUAGUGAAUGUACUAUAGUCUGUUUCAGUCCCCACUGUACAACUUAUCUACGUUUCCGUUAAGUUUGUGUACAGCAGGAAUCAGCUGGGACACAACGAUACAGAUUCAACUAACUAAGACAUCCCACUUCUAACUGCAUGGAUGUUGCACUAAAGCUCCACUACGGCAAGUACAGUGAUUGGUUUAACAGCCACAUUUUUACAGAGCGAUUAAUUUUACAUUAGCAUGCAAUUAAGUUCCAUUGUAUGAACUUCAAGACAGAUUUUGUUGUGUUUCUCGCUGCAAAAUAGAAAAUAAUGAGGAACUUCUUCUACUGUACCAGCCAAGAGUCAGGGAUCAUCUGUACAGUAUUUCCCUGCUGGAAACUGGCACACCUAAAUAAUAUUCUCAUACACAAGCUUGUAUACUACUACUACAGAACAAUGCUGUAUAAUGGCUAUGCAGUUGGUGGUAUAGCGUGAAUAUUUGGGACAUUGUAUUUGAUACUCUUCUUUUACUGUCAGUAACGUGUCGCACCCUGCCUGUGCUUUCUCUGUUUCAACUGUAAAAAAAAAUGUUUUUUUUUUGUUCUUUCAUUUUACAACUCCAUGUUUAGUUUCUCCUUCAAAUAGCCAAGGAUUUUUUUUUUUUAUAAUGCACUGUGUCUUUUACCCUCCUGAUGCGUUUCUGAUGUGCUGUACAAGAAAUACUAUGUGUGAAAAAUAAACCAAACUUGUGUUCAUCCUUUCAA